GCUGGGAGUUGCUCUGCUAUGCGCCCUUUGGAGAGCGGGCGCUCGCCGCGGGCACCUGAUCUGCGUUUCCACGCGGCUGGGCUCGGGUUGCAGCCUCCCCUGCGGCGCCCACGAUGUUCCCCAGCCCCGUGACCACGACGCCUUUCUCCGUCAAGGAUAUUUUGAGCCUGGAGCAACAUCCUAGCGGCUUGGCUUCCAUGGAGCUCUCGGCUCUGGGCUCGCCCUCCUCCUGCAUGCUGGCCACCUUCAAGCAGGAGGCUUACCCAGCCGAAGAAGCCCCGAUCCCAGACCCUCCCGCCAGUCUUUCCACACACAGCGGCAACGCUUUCCCCGGCGCCUUUUACGCCAAGAACUUCAUGGAAAUGGACUCGGCCAAGGAGCCCAAAGGGGACAAGAAAGCAGAGCUCUGCGCCGCCCUCCAGAAAUCCCUGGAGCAGGAGAAGAGGGACGCCGAGGACGCCGAGCGGCCCCGGCAGAGGAAGCGGAGGAAGCCGCGCGUGCUCUUCUCGCAGGCCCAGGUCUACGAACUGGAGCGCAGGUUCAAGCAGCAGAAAUACCUCUCCGCCCCGGAGAGGGACCACUUAGCCAACGUGCUGAAGCUCACCUCCACGCAGGUCAAGAUCUGGUUCCAGAACCGCCGGUACAAAUGCAAAAGGCAGCGGCAGGACCAAAGCCUGGAGAUGGUGGGCAUCCCGCCGCCGCCCAGGAGGAUCGCUGUGCCGGUCCUGGUGAGGGACGGCAAGCCCUGCUUGGGGGACUCGUCUCCCUACAGCUCCCCCUACAACGUCAGCCUCAACCCCUACAGCUACAACGCCUACCCGGCCUACGGCAACUACAACGGCGCCGCCUGCAACGGCAGCUACAACUGCAGCUACCCGGGCGUGCAGAGCGUCCCCCCGUCGGCCGCCGGCGGCGGCAACUUCAUGAACUUCGGCGUCGGGGCGGACUUGAACCCGGUGCAAACGUCCAUCCCGCAAGGGAGCAGCGGCCUGUCCACACUGCACGGCAUCCGAGCCUGGUAGGCGGCGCCCUGGCCCUCGGAGGCGGAGGGCCGGUUGAGGGGCCUGCAGCCUUGGGGCUGGUUUGGGCGAGAGACCUGCUGCCGCCGCGGGGGACUCCCCAACCGUGGCGCCGGCAUCGGAGAGAGGCUGGGACCUCCCUGGAAGAAGCUGUCUGCAGCGGACCCCCCUGGAGUCAAGGCGGAGGUGCUGCCCCCCAUCCCACCCGGUCUCUUGACUGCCGCCGGAGGAGGAGUCCCAGGGGGCUUCCAGUCCGAGCACUAGUCCGCCAGCCUGGUCGCCCGGGGGCCUUGUUGGGAGUGGGACACAUUCUUAGGUGGUCAAUGGAGGCCUUCAACUUCUCCUUCAGGCCAAGAUGGGCAGCUUGGACUUCUUCUCAGUUGUUUCAGCCACAUUGCCACCAGGAGCAGCAGCGUACUCUUUCGAUCCUGCCACCUGCACGCCAAGUAAGAUUGCCAGCGUCUUACCCACGUGCCUCCUUUCCGCAUCUAACGAUGAGCAAAAUUUCUGAGAGCGCUUGGCAUUGUCAAGGUGCUGGCGGCGGGUCUCUGUUUACUAAAAGGCACCUCUCCUUCCUCUUCUUUUUAAAACGAUGGAAGGGUUUGUCCAGUCUGGGUCUCUCCCUCCCCCGCCUUCGCCCAACAAUGCAUCCAGAAAUGCACACUUUUUAUUAUAUUUAAAAGCCUAGUGUAUGUGGAUCGCAAGGUCAAAUUUGUGGUCGAUUGAUUCAGGUUUUAAAAAUAGGGUUGUCUUGCUGGGUUAUCCCAGAGCAGUGUGUUUCCCCCCGCUAAUCGGACAUGUCCGAGCUUUCUUUGUCCAGGACCUUAAGUGGUGCGACGGGACGGGCAUGGGGUAGGAAUUCGCCUGCCCCAUCUCCAAGAGUGAAGCAAGUCAGAUGCUGUUUUCGUGCCAGAUCCCCGUAGAGUGAUGCACUAAACCAGUGAUUAAUUGAUAGUUUGAAAUGCACUGUCUGUUCUUUGUCCAGCCGCUUGGUUUGAUGUACGUUUCCCUUUUUGCUGGAACUGGGUGUCUUGUCAUUAAAGAGAGUGACUUGAGUGUC